CUUUCCUUUUUUGGGGGGCGUGUGUGUAUGGUCAUUGUGGUCUCUAACCCCCCAAACUCCAGCUUCUCUCUGUGCCCCAUACUGGAAGGGUGAUGGGGGGGCACAAAGCUCUGAGCUCACCCAGUUCCCUGGGGCAUCAUGAAGAGUGGAGAUGAGCUGGACACAGAGCAGGGCAAGUCAGGAAUGGAACUGGAUGGCGAGAUGGAAUUGCGCAGAUGGUGGGAGCAGAGGAUGCUGGGAAUAUCACCCCAAAGGAAUCCACUGAGGCUGAAUGUGAGAAGGUUUGUGCCCAGCAGAGGAGGAAUGGUCUGGAGCAGCCUCUCAGUAGGAGGAGGGGUGGGCAAGCACCCCAACCAGCCUGAGGAUGGAGCUGGGUCUGCGUGGAGCCUCUCCCCUGACCCCAGCACUGCCCAGGAGGAGAAGGCGCUGGAGCAGGGGGAACAGAUGAUGGAUGCUGCUGAGGGGUCACCCAGGGGCACCUCCCCUCCACCCCAUGAUGACUCAGAAGAACCAGACUGUGCCUGUCAGGAGGAACCUGGGCCUGCUGCUGCAGCCUUAGCGACCUCAGCCCAUCUCCCCCAGCUGGAGUCACACACCACCCUCUCAGGCAUGGGCAGCACUAUAUUGACCAUAGGGAGUCGCAUCAGCCACUGGAGACUGGCACACCAGCGGGGUUACCACGUGGACCAGCUAACACAGAAUCAAUAUUACAGGCACCGGCUGAGGAAACACGAGCGGGACUGCAAAGCAGCUGUGCCCCUGCCCCUCCUGGGGCUGAUGGAGGAGGAGGUGCUGGCAAUCUUGACAGAGACCCUGAAAGAUUACCGGCGGCAUCUCGGGGCAAGGCACCCGCUCACUCACCAUAUGGAGCAGCGCAUGGAGCAACUGAGGCAGCAGCUGGGGGCUAGGAGCACCGGGUCAGGAGGGGUUGGUCAGGCGGGUCCACACCCCUGUGUGCCCCACUCCAUGAGCCCCCAAACUCCCCUGCACCCCACCCCAUCACCCCCAAUUCCUGACCUUGGCACUUCACACACUCACACCAAUGCCUGAUCUCUGACCACCCUGAUGCAUGACCCCAUCCCUCUCCCAAGCACCUGACCCCUGCCCCCAAUCCCAGAAUGCACUGAGAUUUGGAACGUUGUAGACAAAAUUAAAAUGGAUCUUAUCUCCUUU